UAGUGCUGAGAUGUUAGGAUCUGCCUCACUUACUAGAGCUUCACUCGCCCUGAAUUUGCUCUAGUCAUUCAACUGAAGCACACAAUAAUUGACCUGCCUUCUCUAUAAGGAACUCUUAAUGAUGCUAGCCUGCUUUAGAACCGCGGAAUCGCAGGGUAGAGUGUCACCAAAAAGUCACCAGAAAGACAUCUGUUAGACUGAGACUUGGAUUGUAUUUUCUUUCCAUCUUCUUCAAACAAUUGCAAACAACUGGAUGUUCUUGGGUUACAGCAACUCAGCUGUUUGUAGAUUAUGGGUACAACUGCCAGUACAGCACAGCAGACAGUCUCCGUAGCACAUCCAUUUGACAGUGUCCAUGGCAACGGGAUGGCAGACAACAGGCGGUCAGUGAGCAUUAACUCCUUUCAAACAGUCAACAUUCAAAACAACAAGGCCAAGUCCAUUAUUACCAAUAAGGUGGCACCGGUAGUCAUUACGUAUAACUGUAGAGAAGAGUUUCAGAUUCACGAUGAUCUCCUUAAAGCAAAUUAUACUGUUGGACGAAUUUCAGACACCAUGCCUGAACAUUACCUCGUACAGGGUAAAUAUUUUAUGGUGCAGGACGUGUACAGUAAAGCAGAUGUCUUAAACUCUAUAGGCAGCAGUGGUGCACCAAACUUCAGGCAGGCCCAAGGAAGCUAUCCUUUAUUUGGAAUGGGGCAGCCCAGUCUUAAUGGCUUCAAGCAAGUCCUUCAGAGACUGCAGACACAUGGUUAUGAGGAAGUGAUCUUCUUCUGUGUGCGCGAGGAACCUGUUGUGUUUUUACAUUUGGAAAAUGAUUUUGUACCGUACACACCAAGGAGAAAAGAAAACCUCCACGAAAACCUCCAUGGUUUGGGAAAAGAUGUUAAAGUGGAAAACUUGGAGUUGACAAUCAGAAAGGAGCUUUGUGACUUUGCUCAGCUGAAUGAAAAUGUGUACUAUAUCUACAAUGACAUUGAACACUUCAAGAAUGAACCUCAGCACAUCACCAUCAGCUGUGAAGAGGACAUUCAUGUCACUGAAGAGGUUUACAAGAGACCUGUCUUUACAAUGCCUUCAUAUAGGUAUCAUCGAUUACCACUGCCUAUGGAAGGCGCACCGUUGGAGGGGCAGUUUGAUUCCUUUGUUAAUAUACUCAGGGAGAGCCCAAAUUUGCUGCUUUCUCGAGACGCAUCAAAACCUCUUCCUGCCCUCGUCUUUAGCUGCCAAGUCGGAGUGGGCAGGACAAACCUAGGCAUGAUUCUUGGUACCCUUGUGAUGUAUCACCAGAAAGGAGCUCCAGAGGAGCAAAAACUUGCUGAGAAUGUCAGCACAAUGCCAAAGGCACAUUUCCAGAUUAUCCAGAGUUUUAUCAAUUUAGUUCCAAAAGGUCAGCAAAUUGUUGAAGAGGUGGACAGUGCUAUAGCGCUCUGCUCAGAAAUGCAUGACAUUAAAGAAGCAAUCUAUGAGAACAAGAAGAAGCUUGAGGGGAUUGGGGAGGAUUACCGGGUCCAGGGAAGUAGCACCAAAGAUUAUUUUCUCCAGAGAACGCUGCAGAGCCUGGAGCGCUAUUUUUACCUUAUUGCUUUCAAUUACUACCUUCAUGAACAGUAUCCUCUGGCUUUUGCACUAAACUUCAGUAAAUGGAUGUGCAAUCACCCUUGGGUUUACAGGCUGCUUGCUAGCAUGAAUUUAUCAGAGUUAUCUGUGCCAGUGGAUCUGGUAACCAAGGGAACAAGGGUGCUGGUGUCUGAUGAAUACUUGGCUCCAGAUGUUCUUAGUACAGUCAAAGAGAUGAAGGUAGCCAAUUUUAGAAGAGUCCCCAAAAUGUCAGUCUAUGGCAUGGCACAGCCCACUUCUGAGGCGACUGGCUUUGUCGUGGGCUACUUGACAGAUGAGAAGAGGAAGCACUCGCACAUCUUGUGGGUGAAUCUGCAGGAGGAGGUGGUGUUGGAAUGCAAUGGGCAGAUGUACACCCCCCGGGAACCAGGCUGUUUGGAACAGCAGAUCACCUGGCCAGCCUCAUCACCAGACCAUCUUGAGAAACUAGAAACUGCUGCCAAAGAGGAAAUCUUAAAAUCCCAGAAAUGGCUGGAAGUGAAUUUGGAGCAGGAAAAGCAGAUGAAAAUGUUUAAGACCUGCUUAACAGUGCUGGAGAUCUUCAACCAGCGGAAGACCUCCUGUCAGGGACUCGUAUACCGACGCAUCCCUGUUGCAGACUGCUGCGCUCCAAGGGAACAGGACUUUGACAGACUGAUGGAAGCCAUGAAGGCGACCCUAGCAGAGGACGCUCGAGCUGCUUUUGUAUUCAACUGUCACAACGGCAAAGGGAGGACCACCACAGCAAUGGUCAUUGCCGCUCUCACUCUGUGGCACUUUAAUGGUUUCCCUGAGAUGAGUGAUGAUGAGAUAGUGAGUGUUCCUUAUGCCAAAUACACAAAAGGAGAGUUUGAGGUUGUGAUGCAGUUAGUUAGACUCCUGCCCGAGGGGCACAGAAUGAAGAAGGAGGUCGACGCGGCCUUGGAUGCUGUGAGCGAGACCAUGACCCCCAUGCAUUAUCACUUGAGAGAGAUCAUUAUCUGCACCUACAGACAGAUUAAAACUGCCAAGUGUGAGAAAGAAAUGCAACUGUUGCAGCUGCAAAGCCUGCAGUACCUGGAGCGCUAUGUUUACCUCAUCCUGUUCAACACUUACUUACAUUUGGAGAAGAAAGACUCCUGGCAAAGACCUUUCAGCAUCUGGAUGUACGAGGUGGCAGCCAGAGCUGGGGUUUAUGAGAUUCUGAACGAGCUGGGGUUCGCAGAGUUUGAAAACCCAAAGGACGCACAACCUGCCAGGCUGCGCUACCGCUGGCAACAGCAGAACCUCCACACACUUCCUUUCCGAGGGGAGUUCAUUUAAGAAAGGAUCACUGUGAACUGCCAAAAAUAUCUCAUUAAUUGCUAAUACCGCCACCAUAAUCCUUUUUUUUUUUUCUAUCCACAGCACCCCCAAAACCUUUUAUAUUAUUUUUUUUUAAACUGCUGGAUAAAGAAUUGUAAUACAAAAAACAGUGUUCAGUGAUAACGUUGGUUUUAUAACAGCAGCAAUGUUAAAGGUGAAAAAGGUUGCCUCCUCAAUAUUUAGAUUCAGCCAAGGCAAGGGUGCAUCAAUAGAUACAGAUACUGAGAUAGAAGGAAGACACACCUCAAAGGUCUUAAUUAAACACACGUCAAAGGUUUAUCUGUUUCAACACUUGGGUUACCCAAAUGGGUGCUGCAAUGGAAGUCAUAUAUUCAUUCAUGUAGGUAGGUGUUUAUAAUAAUUAUCAGAACACGUCAAUUGUAAAACAUGCAAGACUCGGCAGCCUUUGGUUCUAUCCUUUAUACAAGGUGCACUAUACUAACCUAGAAAGCCCUGCAAUUAUGAUAGUGGCCAUUUUAUUAAACACUGCCCCUGUUCACCACACACACGCUAUAUUUAAAGACUUUGUUAAAUGCAUGUUUUAAUGAUUUAAAUCAUUCUCAACUGUUUUUUAAGGAAUUCGAAGACACUUUAAAUGUUAGAGAACAUUUAAUAAACACUUAUAUACUAAUAAAUAGUCUUUUAAAUAAAGCAUGAUAAGGUUUUGUUCAUCAGGAGCCCUGUUUUGGACUUCUAACUGAUAGUAGAUUUGAACUGUACUCUCUAAUUAGGCCAACAUUGAAAAAUGUUACAUUUAAAUUGAAAAAUCAGUUUGAUUUCCUAAUUUCAUGGCUUGGCCACAUUUAUACUUAAAUCGCUUUCCAAAUAUAGCAUCUAGUAUUUGGUUUUCAGUUCAGGUUUCAAUGAAACAUUUUAAAGUGGUUCCCUGAAAACACAACAAUGUCACGGAGUUCAAGACACACUGUUUUCUUUUGUUUAAAAAUGCAAAAGAUGUGCAGAAUGCUUCACCCUUGCUCCUAAAGGUAAAAAUGAUUUUAAAAUGAAUCUGUGUUAUGAAUUUGCCUAUGCAAAAUCUCAGUGUGAAAUGCAUUUUUAAUACUUGAGGUGUACAGUUUUUAAUGUGGAAUUGGUUAGAUAAAAACAUUGCGGUGUAUAGGUAUGCUAACAGUAAAUUGUGGUUGACCUUAGAAGUCAGCCUAUCAGUUUAUUAUUAUGUUAUUAUCAGAAAUUUCUUUUAAAAUUUGUUUAGGGUUUCUGUGUAUCAGUGUUUUAAGCUUUAAAGGUAAAACUAAUAUAGUUAAAUAUAUUAAAGCAAGCAUGGGAAGGAUUCAUGGUGUAAUUAUUUAAAGCAGUGGUGCGCAAACUUUUUAUAUGCCGCCCCCCUCUUUUGGCAUACAAUUUCUGCCCCCCUCCCCCCUCCUCUGCAACACAUACUAAAAUGUUAGAACUCACCAUUAUAUUUUAACAGCUGUUUUUUUCCCCGAUUUCAUGUAAAUUACAGAUUUUUCCUAGGUUUAACUCCAAAAAGUCAGGAUUUAGCUAAAUAUAGGAAAAAUUACCCAAUUUGCAUUAAAUCUGGGGAGAUAAACAGCUGUUGAAACAUUAGUGCUUUUUUAAAUACUUGUCACCACAUACACUGUAGCCGUCAUUUCAGCUCUGUUCACUGCAAUUUCAGUCACACUCGCCACUUCAGGCAUCAUUUCUCUGGUUGUACAAGUCCAGGAUUUAAAGUACAGCAGGUAUUGAAUGCUUUAACAACUAGAAAUGUGUUUUCUUACCAGCAGUACAAUAAGCUUGUAUGCAUGAGAAAUAAUGAUCUUGACAGUUUAACAUGUGAUCAGUCUACAAACUAUGUUCCAUUGCCGGGCUACACGUUUGACAAAUGUAUUUAGAGUUAUUAUAAAAUAAAAUUUGAAAAAAGAUCCUUAUUUGAUUAAUUACUCUGAAAGCCUGCUUAAAAUUAGGAGUGGGGUUCUAGUUUCAAGAGAAAGCUUUAAAGCUUGGCCUGAAUUUCUUUGACAGUGGAAAAGCAAGAGCAUUCUUCUCAGCCAUUGUUCAUAUACUGUACAUGACCAUAAAACAUAUUCUGUUUGGUAUCAUUGACUUUGCAACUGCAUUUCCACUGUGCAUGUAUACUGUACACAACUACUGUACAGAAGUCCCUCUAAAAAUUGAGACAUGUGAUGCUGCAUUGGACCCAUGGCAGAGAGCAAUCCUUUAAGUUCCAUACUUUUACUCUUGAUUCAAAACAUUUCAAGGAGAACUCCUUUUAGGGUUCCUUACAUGCACAAUUCAUCAACAAUCUGAAGUGAUUGAUGAAGCGUAUUUUCUUCCUCCUCCGAUGAGGCUUCUGUCUAUAACCUGCAUUUGUUUUUACUCAUUGCAUGAGCCUUUUGACUUCUUAGGAGCUGCCAACAGUCAUUUCGUAUAGUGUCUAUUUAUUUCUAAAUGUUUUCUUUGCUAUUCCUCCGCCACACACCUAUUUAUUUAACAAAGUACAAUGCAUAUUCCUAAAAGUGUUGAAUUGGGUUUUUUUGUUUUUGUUUUUUUUGUUUGUUUUUUUUAACAUAUUGUGAACAACCUCUUACACUGCUCAAAAAGGAAGCCAUAGGUUUGUCGUUCUUUCUUCUGGAAUAACAGCAUAACUGAAAACAAUAUUUGUAUUAUAAUUUGACAAAGGUACAAUUACGCAUGUUAGUUUCCAGCAAUAAAUAUAUAUGUUGUAUUUUUUUUUAUUUUUUUUAAUGAAUUGAACAGGUGACAAAGUGUUGAGCUUUUAGUUUUCACACACCAGUUUGAAAUGCCUUACAGAAAACUCAUGUUUAAUGUUUCUUUCAUUGUUGUUGCAUAUGGAAUGUAUUUUUUGUUUGUUGCUAUGGUCAAAUUAUGAUUGCAUUGGCAAGUGCUUCUUCCAAGAUACACAGUCAGAUCUGUAUAUUCCAUCUGUAAAAGUAUUUAAAUGGCGUUCAUGGAAUUCUGGUUAGCCACAGUCUAAAAUAGAUCUGCAUAGGGCACCAUAAAUAUACAGCUUGAUGCCACUACAAAUUUAACUAGAACCUAGCUGUUCAUAUCUUACUCCAUAUUAGAAUUAUGUAUUUAAGUGUAUUAUAGAUGUGUUUUGAUUAUACUAAACCAAGCACUUAUGCAUUUUAACAAAAGCCAUAUAUUUAUUUUUGUCAUGAUGCUACAGUACGUUUCUUGUACAUUGGGCUCCAUUUUUUAUGAAUGAAAAUAACAAUCCCAGCACAGUAUAAAUGAAGCUUUGGUAUAUGUGACAUAGGGGUAGUGUUGUGCAGUGUUAUUAAUCAAGCUAUUAUUAUUGAUAUAGCCUGCUUGAAAUAGGAUCACUGUGUGGCCUCAAACAGUGCCUUCUUUUUGCUAUGGCUUAAGAGAACUAUGUUUUUACUAUUUGAAGAAUAACAUGACAUUUAUACAUGGCUUGUUUUUCAUUGUAAUGUUUUUUUUUUCUUAGUCACAUUUCAUUUUGUAUAUAUUAAAUUGUUUAAAAUGUAAA